AUGGCUUGUGCUAGCACUUCGGCAUCCGUAACAUGGAAUAUGUCGUCUCUGAGAUCAGCCCUACCUUCAAUUCAGGCCCCUUCUUCAGCCUGUUCAGUUCAUUUCUCAACUGGGCCCUCUUCUUCUCGUUUCAAGCUUUCCAGGCCAAAACCUAGCUUAAGAUUUCUUAACUCUUUUGUGGGUCUCGCCCCUAUUCAUCCCCUUCUCUCUCUCUCAUCACCAGAUUCAACCAGUUUUGAGCAUUGUUUUACUGUGAUUGACAAUGGAGGACGAUUCUUUGCCAUGAGGCAUGGGAAGAGAGUGCCAAAACUUAAUAGGCCCCCUGACCAGCGUCGAGCUCUUCUGCGGGGUCUGACAAGUCAACUCCUGAAGCAUGGCCGCAUAAAGACUACAAGAGCAAGGGCCAGUGCAAUGAGAAAGUAUGUAGACAAAAUGGUCACUCUGGCUAAGGAUGGUUCUCUACAUAAGAGAAGGCAAGCUCUCGGCUUUAUCUAUGAAAAGGAGAUUGUGCAUGCUUUGUUUGCCGAGGUCGAAGAGAGAUAUGGGGACAGAAAUGGAGGAUAUACAAGGAUAAUCAGGACUCUACCAAGGCGAGGGGACAAUGCACCAAUGGCUUACAUUGAGCUUGUGUAA